UUUAGAACUUUUGCGAAGACUUUGACUAAGUGGUGUUGCCGUCCACCGUCCUGCAGAUUAAGUUCCGCGUGCGUUUCGGGUACGCAAAUGCAUCAGCGUUCAGGGGGGCUGCCAUUUUAGCGACCUUACGACUCACUCAAUGAUGGGCAUGGCGGUGGUCCAGCUCACGUCCCAAUCCCACCACCAGAAGCUCCUGAACGCCCUGUACCACCUGAGGCUGCAGGGACACCUUAGUGACAUAACCGUACAGGUGGACUACCAGGGCCACUCGCAGGCAUUCCAGGCUCAUCGGGUGGUCCUCGCCGCCUCUAGCGGCUACUUCAGGAACAUCCUCCUCUCACAGGACAGCACCACAGACCACAUCCCUCUUUCCAACAUGCUCCCAAGCGACUUUUCAGACUUUUUGGAGUUUGCGUACACGGGUAAGGCGGAGGUGGCCCAAAGUAGGAUAGCCGACGUGCAAGCGGCGGCCAAGAUUUUGGACUGCGAGGAUCUGGCCAGGGUCUGUGGCGAGAAUUGUACGUCCAGGUCGGAUGCGGUAGACGAGUUAUCCCCAGUGACCAAGACUGGCAGAAAGAAGACACCGUUGAAACGUCAACCGGCUCCGAAGAGCUCAGAGCGGCUUUCGAAAAGACCCAAGGUGAAGACUACCAAGCUCAAAAUGAGCUUGGGUGGCCGCAAAGUACUGCAGAGGUCUAUCCCAACUAGAGGCAAGGCGUUUAAUGCUGAAGAGCAAGAUGACUACAUGGACACACCCUCGCCCACCUCGCCUCACUUUGACAAGGACAUGCUGAGUCUGAGUGAAGAUGAGGAACCCUUGCUGUUGUCACCGAGCGAGGACGAGGAAGAAUGCGUCGUGGAGUCCAAGAGGCCCUCCAAGUUCCUGUGCAAUGAAUGCCAGCGGAGCUUCCACUACGAGAGGAGCUACCUGAAGCACAUGAGCACUUAUCACGGAGUCAAAGCCGACCUGGUCUUCCGCUGCGAGACCUGCCUAAAGACCUUCUCCAACCGCAGCAAUCUGAGGAUCCACGAAAAGCAUGUCCAUAGCAGCGAGCGGCACUUCACCUGCAAGGUCUGCACCAAGACCUUCAAGCGCAAGAAGGAUGUGGUCCGCCACCACAAACAGGUGCACGAGCCACGUUUACACGAGUGCUCCGACUGCGGCAAGUCCUUGAGCUCCAAGGCAUCGCUAAUGUUGCACAAGCGGACACAUAGCGGCAUCAAGGCCUUCGUCUGCACUGACUGCGGCGCACGCUUCACCCAGAAAUCGGCUCUCAAGAUGCACCACAGGAUCCACACGGGUGAGAAGCCCUUUGCCUGUGAUGUGUGUGAUGCACGCUUCACCCAGAAAAGCUUGCUGGCCUAUCACAAACGCUCCCACACGGGUGAGAAGCCCUUCAUGUGCGAGGCCUGCGGGAAAAGCUUCGCCUCCAAGGAAUACCUGCGGUACCACUCCAACAUCCACACCGGCUCCAAGCCGUUCAAGUGUGAGCAGUGCGGACGUGGCUUCGCACAGAGGAACUCCCUACGGCAGCAUUUGACCGUGCACACGGGCGCACGUCCCUAUGCCUGCACGUACUGCGACAAGCAUUUCACGCAGCUCAACGCCCUCCAGCGGCACCAGCGCAUCCACACCGGCGAGAAGCCCUACAUGUGCGGCCUGUGCAACCGGACUUUCACAGACAAGUCUACGCUCCGCCGGCACACCACUACUCAUGAUGCCAAUGCUCCGUGGAAGAACUACCUGGUGGUCCUGGAGGGCAACGUGGAGGAGAAGAAACCCAAAGCUCAAAGCAAGGCAGCGGCGCCACUAGAGAAAAAGAAUGCCGCCAAAAAAGCAUCGAAAAGCAACAUCACCUCUACUGCUGACACCGCCGCCCUAGUGGUGCCCACCGGUCCGGUAAACCUGCCGCCCGAGCCGGUCGCCCCGCCGCACGAGUGGGCCGGCCCAGGUGCCAUCACCCUGGUGAGUCACGGCCACAUGGGCGGGAUCACAGUCAUCCACGCUGAAAUGCCGCCCGGGACUCAGGUGGUGAGGUCGGAUGGCGGCAACGUCAUCGCUUUGGACGGACCCUUCACCGUCCCUGUUGGGGCGAACCCCUCUGAGACCGGCCACUCGCUCCCCGCAGAUACUCCCACCAUAUCGUCCCUCCUGGAAGAGGACGUCUCGCAAACCAUUCUCGCUCCCAAGGCGGAUGCGGCUCAGCCCGACAUUCAGACGGUGGUCGUGUCUGACGAAAUGUGUAAAGAUGCGCAAAUGCAGCAAAGGACACCAGAGUGGAAAGGAGACAAUGACCAAGCGAAUUCCUAGAAAAUGUAACUCAAUAGCAUUGGAUUCCAUGUUUAACAAUCAUGACUUUAUUAAUCACAA